AUCCUGUUCUUGCUGUUUGGAACAGUAAGGUCACAAGUGAAUCCAGGCGUGUGUCGUUAUCCUUUGGGAAUGACAGGCGGCCAGAUCCAGGAUGAGGACAUCUCUGCUUCCAGCCAAUGGUCUGAGUCAACAGCAGCCAGAUAUGGCAGACUGGACUUCGAUGAUGGAGACGGCGCCUGGUGUCCUGACGUCAUGACGGAGUCAGACAAUCUGAAGGAGUUCCUGCAGAUUGAUCUUCGCUCGCUACACUUCGUCACCUUGGUGGGCACACAAGGACGCCACGCUGAUGGCGUGGGCAACGAGUUCGCACAGCGCUACAGGAUUAAAUACAGCCGUGACGGCAGCCGCUGGGUCUCCUGGCGCGACCGUAAGGGCAGACAGAUUAUUGAGGGGAACAGGAACGCCUACGACAUUGUCCUCAAGGACCUGGAGCCACCCAUCAUCGCCCGCUUUGUCCGCUUCAUGCCCAUGACUGAUCCCUCCAUGAUUGUGUGUAUGAGGGUGGAGCUUUAUGGAUGUGAAUGGCUAGAUGGUCUGGUGUCCUACAGUGCUCCUGUUGGUCAGCAGAUGGCAUUCCAAGACCAGCACGUCUACCUGAAUGACACGGUGUACGAUGGAGCUGUUGGUUACAGUAUGACGGAGGGGUUGGGACAGCUGACUGAUGGGACCUGGGGUCUGGAUGACUUUACCCAAAGUCAAGUCUAUGGUGUCUGGCCUGGCUAUGACUAUGUGGGCUGGACAAAUGCGAGUUUCCCCAGUGGUGCUGUAGAGAUGACCUUCGAAUUUGAUCGUAUCAGAAACUUCACCUCGAUGAAGGUGCAUUGCAAUAACAUGUAUACAUCAGGGGUGAGAAUAUUCCGCCAAGUCAUGUGUUAUUUCCGCUCUGAGUCAGACUGGGAGCCCAAACCUGUCUCAUUCAGGCCUAGAGUGGACAACAUUAGCCCAAGUGCUCGUUUUGUCACCGUUGCCCUCGGCAACCACAUGGCCAGUGCCAUUAGGUGCCGUUUUGCUUUCAGUGACGCCUGGAUGAUGUUCAGCGAAAUUGCCUUUCAGUCAGACACCGCAGCAUACAACACCUCUUUAGUUCCUCGCAAACAUGGCCACCCUGCAAACACUCAGCCAGGGGACGACCCUACCCACAAAGUGGAUGACAGCAACACAAGGAUUCUUAUUGGCUGCCUGGUGGCCAUCAUUGUGAUCCUACUGGCCAUUAUAAUCAUUAUACUGUGGCGACAGGUGUGGCAGAAGAUGCUGGAGAAGGCCUCACGGAGGAUGCUAGAUGAUGAACUGACAGCGCGUCUCUCCGUUCAGAGAGAGGCCUUGACCUCCCACCACUCCUCGCUGUCGAGUGACGUUGAGUCACACUCCACAUACGAGAGGAUUUUUCCUCUGGGAUCUGAUUACCAGGAGCCAUCCCGCCUCUUACGGAAACUACCGGAAUUUCAAGCCACAGAGAAUCUUGUUAUCGAAACUGCGUCAUCCAACUCCUCUCAGAUCUGUGGAACGAGCGACGUCCCGCACUAUGCUGAAGCGGACAUCAUGUCACAACAGGACGCACCAAGCAGUCCCAGUUACUCUGUCACGGCGGUGAAUGUGCCACUGCCCCCGGAGAGAGACAGGGCACUAGAGGAGUUUCCCAGAGAGCAGCUAACGUUCAAAGAGAAACUGGGGGAAGGACAGUUUGGAGAAGUUCAUCUGUGCGAAGCAGAGGGAAUACAGGACUUUGUGAAGGAAGACUUCAGUGGCGCUGGUGACAAGCCCAUCCUUGUGGCAGUGAAGACUCUGAGAGAGGAUGCCGACAAAAAUGCAAGGAAUGACUUUCUGAAAGAGAUCAGGAUAAUAUCUCGGUUGAGGGACCCAAACAUCAUCCGUCUGCUGGCGGUUUGUGUGGAGAGCGAUCCCCUCUGCAUGAUCACAGAGUACAUGCAGAACGGAGACCUCAACCAGUUCCUCUCCUGCCACCAACUCCAGGACAAAGCUUCUGAACAAAGAAACACCACCAUCAGUCUGAAUGACCUGAUCAGUAUGGCUACUCAGAUUGCUUCUGGCAUGAAGUACCUGUCCUCUCUAAAUUUUGUGCACCGUGACCUGGCCACUCGUAACUGUUUGGUGGGAGAGAACAACACCAUUAAGAUCUCAGAUUUUGGCAUGAGCAGAAACCUGUAUCGCGGAGACUACUACCGCAUCCAGGGCCGGGCUGUGCUGCCCAUCCGCUGGAUGUCUUGGGAGAGCAUCCUGCUGGGUAAGUUCACCAUGGCCAGUGACGUGUGGGCGUUUGGGGUAACGCUGUGGGAAACUCUGACGCUCUGUAAAGAGCAGCCGUACUCCCAGCUCUCAGAUGAACAGGUCAUUGAGAAUACUGGAGAGUUUUUCAGAGACCAGAGCAAGCAGGUUUAUCUGGCCCAGCCGACAUGCUGUCCUGACCCCAUCUACAGGCUCAUGAUCAGCUGCUGGAGAAGGAAUGCCAAGGAGAGGCCCACCUUCCAGGAGAUCCACAGUACCCUGUUAGAGUACCAGCAAGCUUAA